GGGCUGUACGAAAUAACGUAGACAAAUGGCGGCUGUGUAGGUCAGUGGAGAGUCUGUCGUCGUUGUAAUACACCCAAAAGGCUCACCGAUAAGUCCCCAUUUUUGGAUCAAAGAAAAGUCUCGUUAAUUUAAGAAGCUCAGCAGCGCCUAAAGACGGCCAACUGGCCCAUGUAUCCAACAAUUGCCUACUUUGUUGAAGAUGCAGAAUGUGGUACAGAAUUCUGCUUCUGAAAGUGUAGGGAACUGCGUGAAACAGCACGAGGUCGGGCAUCGUGCAUUGGCCAACCCAGCAGCAGCUACUCCUGCGACGUCCGCUGCCAGUGCAAAGCCGAGCAAGCCUAGCAAAGGCAAUUCCGUCCCGAAGAGCAAUCACAUCGCGGGCAGAAGCAACAACCACCCAACAUCAACUCAUCAACCUCCAACACCCAAUCUGAAUCACAAGACUGUUACUGUGACAGACCUAGCCACCUCUUGUUCAACAGCCCUAGCUACUGAGAUAGCUAUCCAACAAGUCAAGCAAAGCAGAUCAUAUCGUCAAUAUAUGCCUGAUUCUUCUGACAGUGACAGUGACGACGUCCUUUCGGUGGAAUCUUUUUUUGUGGAGGAGUCGGAAGUGGAGGGCUGUGCGGACGACUGCCGAUGCCCCUCGUCUUCGGCCUCGUCGCUGGACGCGCCACGAUUCCUGCUGGCGGCAGCGGCAGCUGCCCAACACGACGGUCACAGCAUUGGCGAACUACCACGCAUCGACCCCGACACACAAGCCAGGAUUGAAGCCCUCCUCGAGGCUGCAGGAAUCGGUAAACUAACUGGAGGAGACAGCAAACGACUCGGUGAUCAAGAAGUACUCAGUCGGUUAACGUCCAGCGUAUCCUGUGCACUGGACGAAGCCGCUGCGGCAUUAACUCGUAUGCGAUCCGAAAACUCGAGUAAUUUUCACCAAGAAGCCCGGUCGUUAGUGGAAGCCUGCACUGACGGCGACGUCUCCGCUGUGCGGCGUUUGCUAGACGAAGGACGUAGCGUUCACGAAACCACGGAGGAAGGCGAGUCAUUGUUGUCGCUGGCCUGUUCGGCUGGCUACUACGAACUGGCGCAGGUGUUGCUUGCCAUGCGGGCCAACGUAGAAGAUCGUGGCGUCAAGGGCGACUGUACACCACUGAUGGAGGCGGCCUCAGCCGGUAACGCGGAUAUUGUUCGCCUGCUGCUGGAACACGGCGCCGAAGUCAACGCCCAGUCGUCAUCGGGUAACACACCAUUAAUGUACGCCUGUGCUGGUGGCCACGAGGAGGUAGUCACUCUCCUACUGGAAGCCAACGCCAAUGUGGAGGACCAUAACGAAAAUGGCCACACGCCGCUAAUGGAAGCCGCUUCGGCCGGCCAUGUCGGCGUAGCGAAAAUUCUUUUGAACCAUGGUGCCGGCAUCAACACCCAUUCGAACGAGUUCAAAGAAUCUGCCCUGACUCUGGCCUGCUACAAGGGUCAUUUGGAGAUGGUCCGUUUUCUUCUAGAAGCUGGUGCCGAUCAAGAACAUAAAACUGACGAGAUGCACACAGCUCUCAUGGAAGCCUCGAUGGAUGGUCACGUCGAGGUUGCCCGGCUUCUUCUCGAUUCGGGAGCCCAAGUUAACAUGCCCGCCGACAGUUUUGAGUCACCACUAACAUUGGCUGCAUGCGGUGGUCAUGUAGAACUGGCCAUGCUCCUUCUGGAACGUGGAGCCAACAUCGAAGAAGUCAACGAUGAAGGUUACACGCCGCUGAUGGAGGCAGCACGUGAGGGACACGAAGAAAUGGUAGCGUUGCUACUUAGUCAGGGCGCCGACAUCAACGCACAGACUGAGGAGACGCAAGAGACAGCCUUGACUCUUGCCUGCUGUGGGGGCUUCUCUGAAGUUGCCGAUUUUCUCAUCAAGGCCGGUGCUGAUAUCGAACUAGGAGCAUCCACGCCACUUAUGGAAGCAGCGCAAGAGGGCCAUCUUGAUCUGGUCCGUUAUCUUCUAGAAGCUGGCGCCAAUGUUCACGCUCAAACGGGAACGGGGGAUACGGCUUUGACUUACGCGUGCGAGAACGGACAUACCGAUGUGGCUGAAUUGCUUCUGCAAUACGGCGCCGAUUUGGAACAUGCGUCUGAAGGAGGACGUACACCUCUUAUGAAAGCAGCCAGGGCCGGUCACCUCUGUACCGUUCAGUUUCUCAUUGCAAAAGGAGCCGAUGUUCACAGGCAAACUACCAACAAUGAUCACACACCGCUCUCUUUGGCUUGCGCCGGUGGCCAUUUGGCAGUCGUAGAGCUUUUGCUCCUGCACGGGGCCAAUCCAUUUCAUCGUUUAAAAGACAAUUCGACCAUGAUUAUAGAAGCGGCGAAGAGCGGGCAUACUCAGGUUGUGCAGUUGCUACUCGACUAUCCCAGUUCCAUCCUGGUGACACCCGAUCAAGCCCAACUACCACCGGGCAUGAACUCAAGUGGCCAAGUGGUCCCUAUCGCAUCGGAGGAUUCGAUUGUUCCAUCACCUGCAGUAGUCACGGAUUCAGUUCCUACGGCAGCACCGCGAGUGCCGCCUGUCGGAGGAGUGACCACUACGGUUCCUACCACUGCACUGGGAGGAAGACCGGAACCGCAGGGAGCAGUUGCCGCUGCCUUAACCAGCCUUCAUUCGCCCAAUACCUCGCUGCCAGCCAUCGCAGCCUCUCUGACCCCUCUCACCGGAUCGUCCAAUCUAAGUCCGAGUGCGGGAGGAAACCAUUCAAUCUCAACAUUGGCGGCGGCCGCCCAGAAAAUGCUGACUAAGAAGCCGCUUGAAACAUCCACCUCCACCCCCGUCGCUCCCGCGGCCGAAUCUGAACAUCCAUCUUCGGCGGGGACGAAGAACGUCGCGCCACCUUCCUGUGAGCAUCCAUCUGGUACCGUCACCUCGACGGCCAGUAUUUCCUCGGAAAGUAAACUGUUGCCGGUCCGCUUCCCUCUGUCAGCUGAGGGACUUUCAUUUGAGAAAUCCCAAUUGGUAGAAGAAUUAGAGAAGAUCGAACGUGAAUUGCGAGAUAGAGCCCAAUGGUCAUCACAGGCCAGUAACACGUCUGGCUCUCAAUCGAGUCAUAGUACGGCUCUAAGCCCGGCAACCGCUGCCGCAUUGACGCACAUGCUCAAUAUGGAGGUUGAAUUGAAUCGACCCGGCGGGAGUGGAAUGGGAGGGAGCACCCUUGUGGGUCUGACUACACCGACACCCGUUAAUUUGGAAGACAUUGUCAAACUCCUUGAAGAGCUCCCUCCUCUUGAGUUUGAAUCUACCCGACCGUCGCCCGCCCCACCUGUGCCCAACCAGACUACGCCUUCCCCUUCAGUUCCUUCGAUCCUUCCACAGCCGGUACAACAGCAACCGAGAGAAAGCGUCAUAGUCACGAACCCCAACGUUGUCAGUAGCAGUUCCGCGCCCAGCACAAACGCCUCUAAUGCUGUGACGCCUGCCGCCAUUUCACCGGCUUCACUACCCCCAGCCGAAAGACCAAAAGCCAAAGCAGUCAAGAAGGAAAACAAGAUUCUCAAGAAGCAGCAGCAGCAGCAGCAGCAACAACAACUACUACUACAGCAGCAGCAGCAGCCUGCUCCUCAACAACAGCAACAGCAGCAGCAGCAACAGACAUCCCAAAUUCAACAAGCACAUCAACAACACUGGCAAGUUCCCGCUAAUGCGGUCCAACAGCAACAACAACAACAAUGCCAGCAACUGCAACAGCUACAACAACUCCAACAACUACAGCAGUUGCAACAGUUGAAUCAACACCUGCAGCAGCAGGUAAUGCAACAGAGACAUUUGAAGCAGCAAAAUCAAGCCACUUUGGCUGCUUUGCAACAAAACGCCCUCCAGAAUCAGGCGCAGUUGGCUGCGCUUCAGCAAAAUGUGGCACAACUUCAGCAAUUGGAGCAACAAGUUUUGGCACCGGCCUACACCGCUGGUGCGGCCCAAGGUCCAUCGGCGGCAGCAGCCACGGCCCAAUUUCAGCAAUGUGUCCAGCAGAUUCUUCAGCAAAAACAACAACUUCAACAACAAAUUCGACAGUUUCAGCUCCAAGUUGAACAGCAGCUAGCUUUCCCUCAGCAGCAGAUACCUCCAUUGGCUGCUGCGGCGGCUGGUGGUGGAAGUGUUCAGCCGGCAACGGCCAGUCGAGUUGAAAGAAACAACCUCGAUGGUGAUGUUAUCGCGGACACGGCAGCCAUUGCAAAGUUUCCACCUUACAAUAGCGACGAUGUCAACGGCGAUGAAGUGAAAUCUCCAAUCCGUGCCGAGAAACGCCCCAUUGACAACACGUCCAGUGAGGAUUCGUCGUGCAGUUCCACAACCGGAGGCCUGCAAGUCACUGGGGCUCCUGUUCCCCUUUUGCGACUCAAGAUGUUUCGGUUGCUGCGGCAAAUAUCGGCAUACAAGUCCAGAGCGCAGCGUUACCCAACGGAUCCACGGCUCAGUGUGUCACGGGAAUCACCUUUCAACCUCUGUCGGGGACCAAUGUUUCAAUACCCUGUUCUGCCUAUUCGGGUUCGAAUGCCCAGAAAUGGAUCACCUUCAACCACCUUAAUUCAUUAUCAGCAAUUACAGUCUGCCUCGACGACCAAUGUUCAGACAGGUUCCGUUUCUGCGUCCGGUCUUCAAGUAGUCACUUCCCAAACGCCAAGUUUGGCAAUUCACCAGCAAAUACGGCUGCAGUCGCUACAAAUACCGACAGGUCAAGCAGCUCUCGAGCCAAUGGUUUCUGCCGGCCCUACUUCUGUGGCUGCACCAGGUACGUUGGACACGAAAUGGUCGGGAUUUAAUAUGGGAACUUUUACGGUUCCGCAUCCGCCAGCCACCACCGGCGAUCAGCAACAGCAACCUCAGAUUUCUGGAGGUUCGCUUCCCGUUUCCGUCCAAUUGGCCAGCUCCUCAACGGAUAAAAAGACCAAAAGUGGUAAAAAAUCGAAAGUUGCAUCUGCGGCAACGCAACAGCAGAUGUACUCUGCUCCUACUACUGAUGCAAGCGGACUAGCCAUAGGAGGAAUAGGAUUAACUGGGGUCAAUGGCGUUGUUCAAACUGGACAGGCUGCUUUCGAUCCUGAUUUUGUAGAUUACGCUGACUACAAUCCCGACUAUUCUUCCUUCCUACCUGGUGUUGUACCGCCUGGAACGGCAUCUGUCCCUCCAGGGUCUAUGGCAGCCUCCAUACCUUCAGCGCACUAUGCAAGCAUGCCUGCAGGUGCUGCUGGGAUGUCGUCUGCCGGUGGUCUUCCAGUUCCUGCUUCCGUUCCACCGUCUGGAACAUCUGUUGUGACGGGAGGUGCAGUUGUUCCUAACGCAACAUCUGCUAGCCAAUACAGUCAACCUUUAUUACCGAUGCUGGAUCUGGAUUCCGAAACGGAUUCAAAUCAUGAUACUGCACUGACACUGGCUUGUACGGGUGGCCACGAGGAAUUAGUUGAGCUGCUCCUAUCCAGGAACGCCAACAUCGAGCACCGUGACAAGAAAGGAUUUACUCCGUUGAUCUUGGCCGCCACAGCCGGGCACGAAAAGGUUGUCGAAGUUUUGCUUAAUCAUGGCGCUAACAUCGAAGCCCAGUCUGAGCGGACAAAGGAUACAGCCCUCUCGUUAGCAUGUUCAGGUGGUCGCUACGAGGUGGUCGAACUCCUACUUAACCGUGGGUCCAACAAGGAGCAUCGCAACGUUUCGGAUUACACGCCUCUCUCUUUGGCCGCUUCAGGCGGUUAUGUUAACAUUAUCCGACUGCUGUUGGCCCACGCCGCCGAGAUCAACUCGCGCACGGGAUCCAAGCUAGGCAUUUCGCCGUUAAUGCUUGCCGCUAUGAAUGGUCAUGUGGCUGCCGUUAAGACAUUAUUGGAGAUGGGCAGUGACAUUAAUGCCCAAAUCGAGACAAACAGAAACACUGCGCUAACUUUAGCGUGUUUCCAAGGAAGACACGAGGUCGUGCAACUUCUACUGGAGAAAAAGGCCAAUGUGGAACACCGUGCCAAGACUGGAUUAACUCCUUUGAUGGAGGCAGCAAGCGGUGGUUACGUUGAAGUCGGCCGAGUACUCCUUGACUACGGCGCUGACGUCAACGCGCCUCCCGUACCCUCUUCGCGCGACACUGCGCUCACCAUUGCAUCCGACAAGGGUCAUGUCGACUUUGUGGAACUUUUACUGCAACGUGGUGCUCAGGCCGAUGUCAAAAAUAAGAAAGGCAAUUCACCUCUGUGGCUCUCUGCAAAUGGUGGACACCUAGAAGUGGUGGAGCUGCUGUACAAAGCCAAGGCAGAUAUCGAUUCGCAGGACAACCGCAAAGUUUCUUGUUUAAUGGCAGCAUUCCGCAAGGGUCACGUUAAAGUUGUGAAAUGGAUGGUGAAACGAGUGACUCAGUUCCCCUCUGAUCAGGAAAUGACACGAUUCAUUUCGACGGCUGUCGAUAAGGACCUUCUUAAAAAAUGCCAUCAUUGCAUGGAGGUUAUCCGAGCAGCCAAAGAUCACCAGGCAGCCGAGGCCAAUAAAAAUGCCGCUAACUUACUUGAUGAGCUCGAUAUGGAAAAGAUUCGCGAAGAUUUGAAACGAGCAGCUGCGGCUCGCAAGCGAGAAAAGAAGAAGAGGAAGAAGCAGGAAAAAAAGCAAGAGAAACGUCGUGCCGAGAGCGACGACCUCGAUAACGAUUCCCAGGAAAAUGGCAACGAUAACGACGAUGAUAAAGAUGGCGAAAACGGAGAGGAUGCAAUGAGCGAAACAGGUGAUAUUCCUGAUUUUGUGGAACCUCCUCCGACUAAUAAUAACAAGGAAGCAGAAGAGAAGCAAUCUUCCAAAGCCAAGAAGAGUAAGAAAGGCGCCAAAACAGCCGCAUUCGAUGCCGCCAUCAGCGUGGAAGAUGCUGUCGUUGUUGAAGUUUCGAAAAGAAAGGAGAAAGAAAUGGAACCGGAGAUUCAGCAGUUUACCAAGAAAACAUCUCCGCCGCCACUGGUCACCACCAGCACCUUCGAAGAUUCAUCUCUAUUGUCGAGCCGGGCCAGCAAACGGAAGAAGGAAAACGUGUUGUUGGAUAGUUUGAUUAUCGCAACCGAGAAAUCGGCCAAGAUGCCUACUCCUCCGAGUCAACAUCAGCAACGUAAUGGCCCGGAAUUGGACACACUAAAAGAAAUGAAUAAUAUUCCAUCGGCCCUAAAAUCGUUGUCACCCACUUCUCUGACAAGUCCCAAACGGCCCGUCAAGAGGGAAGAAGGCUGGAAGGAAGUUGUACGUCGAGGACCAGUCAGCAGUCGGGAGAACUCGAGUUCAAAUUUGGGCUCAACUUCAGCUGGAGGGAAGAAAAGCCAAUCUAGCGACCGUUCAUCGGGUACCUUGUCCGUUAUACAAAGCUCUGAGCGAUCGAAGAAAGUGACUGUUCCUUCGAACGCUAUUAGCCGUGUCAUUGGCCGAGCAGGAUGCAACAUCAAUGCCAUCCGUGAAAUUUCCGGUGCCCACAUUGAGAUUGAGAAACAAGGCAAAGGCCAGGGUGACCGUACGGUUUUGAUAAAAGGUCUGGCGGAAUCCAUCCGCCAGGCACAGCAACUCAUCAGCGCAUUGAUCAAAGAACCUGAGAAAGAGUUUAACGAGUUAAUGGCCAAAUUCCGAGCCGCCAAUGCAGCGGCAAAAGCAGGAGCCUCCGCUACAAGCGCCGGAGGGAAAUCCGCGACCGCAACGACGGCAUCCGCUGCAUCCCAGCCUAAAGUAACCCGAUCCGCCACGACAAUCGCAUCCAGCAAGCCUACAACAACUGCUCCAGUUUCUGGUCAGCCUGCUCCUGUUCCAAGUACUGUUGCAUGGGGAGCUAUCAAUACCCUGAUUGUCGCUGCUUCCUCUCCCAAAAAGGUAGUGUCUACCUCAGGAUCGAAGACCCCACCCGUUACCUCGGCUCCUUUGCUUGUUCAGCAGCAGCAACAACAACAGCAACAGCAGAAGAGUGGAGCUGUGCGUCAAUUGUUUCCUGAAGCUAAUCCAACAGUGAUCGCACCCGCAGCGAAGAAAGCCAUUGCUAGCGUUCCAGCUGCUACCACAUCCUCUGCAGCGAUGAAGCCAGUCGUGUCUUACACCGUGGCCGGUAGCAGCGCGUCAGUUCCAACUACCAGUAGUUCAGCCUCGACGCGCACUACCCCGGUCAUUUCGGGUCAAAUCCCAGCACCACCGGCCAAACUAUCUCCGCAGCAAAUCGCUCCUCAGGCGCCAUCUAAGGUGUCGGAUAAAACAUCUCCACUCAUGUCUGCCUCUCUAGUGACAAGUCAACAACAGCAAAUUCCAGUCCAACAACAGCCGCAGCCUGCUACUUCGCAAGCGCAAAUGAACCAACUGGGACCCGUCUGCAGUGGCCAAGCCCAGCACAUUUCUGGUUCGUCUUCGGUCUCCGUUCCCAAUUCAAACAGCUUGGUUUCUUCAAGGCCUAAUUCUGCCAGUCCUGUUCAAGAUUAUUCGCCGUUUAACAAUCUCUUCAGCAAAGUGGCGCAACAAACCAUGUGGGCCAGGGAGCUCCAGCAACAACAGCAGGGUUCGAAAUCGUCGUCAAAGAAUUUCGCUAGCGUGGCUGCUGCUGGAGUCAGUCCCAUACCGUCUAAGACUCCCACGUCCUUGUCUAACUCCCUAACCGGCCACCAGGCGGACCUUGGACCAUCUCUUCAUGUUGUGGAUGCAGCAAAAGCACCUGGCUACCGUGGGAAUUUGACAGCCUCUAACCAAUCACAGAGUGAAAUGUCAUCGAUGGACUUGCCGACUUCAUUGGCAUCCAGCGCUCCGGGAACACCGAUUCCGAGCUCGUGUCCUAUUCGAGCUCCAGUCGGCAGCCGUCCGCACCCGCUAACACCACCGCCACGGAUUGGGACACCUCCCUUGUUUAACCCGACUCCGAUUCAACCUUUAGGUCCUGUCGGAACUCGAAACAUGCAGUCAAAUCAGCAGUCGGGCGGUCCGCCAGAUUCGCACAUGAUGCCUCCGCCUCCUGCUGCUUCGCUGGCUCCAGGUGGUCCAUCGGCCACCGUGCGGAUGCGUCCUGCAACGGCGACAAGUCGAAUGCAGCACGAUCCUUCGCAGCAGCAGUCUCAGUUCGACGGGUUGCCAAUGCCCAAUUUCUACGGAAUCACGAGGCCAACAGGACCGAUGGGCGGUGGAGGAGUAGACAAUAUGCGACAGGCACCAUCAUUCCCCCUGGCUCCGGGAAUGGGCGGACCCCGAGGUAUAACAACUCUUCAUUAUCAGCCUCGUUCUCGGCGUCGGCGAAACUCAAUCCCAACGCUCCGGAUUUCGCAACCAGCAGGGGAGGAGGUGGCAGUGGACCACAGCAGCAAGGCUAUCCUUCCCAAAUGUACGGCGUUGGCAAUCGAAUCUCUUUCCUCCGUCUGGCUAUGGCCUCGGUUCAGCCAACGGUGGUGAUAUGAAACAACAUCAGCACAUGCCAAGCCAGACUUUCGGGACGGACUACCCUCCACCUAUCGGUACACCGUUUGGCGCAUCUGCCAGCGACCUUCAUCGCAUGAUGGGAUACCCCGGACCUGGAGUAGCCAACAGGAUGUCUG